GCAGUCGCACGAUAGUUUCACCGCAUCCUGGUAUUAUCCUGCCUAAAUUUGUGAUUAAUUUACUAAGACAUUCGGAUGCUUUAUACGAAGUUUUGUUGCCAUACUUGCGUCUUCGAAAAUUUACUUGGUGUGCUGGCGUCCUAUUCUUUACUUUCCCUGGCAAUAAUUUGUUUGUCCAAACAAUGAAAUCUUACUCGGAAAGUUCUAGAUCAACAACGCACGAUAUAGUAGUUUGUGUGCAUUUUCUAGACUCUUCUUCAGAAAGAUUUCAUUUAUCCGUUCUUGCGUUGGGUCAAGAUUUGUACAAUUUGGUCGUUGAACAUCUGAAACUAGUGGAAUAUGACUACUUCGAUUUGGAGUAUAUUAACAAGGACGGCCAUACGUUUUGGUUGGAUCACAUGAAGCCCCUACGGAAGCAACACACUGUCCACAAAGAUUAUGUGUACACAUUCGCUGUCAAAUUCUACACCCCACAUCCUAACCUGAUGGAAGACGAAUUCACCCGGUGUCUCUUCGCUCUGCAGAUCCGAAAGGACCUCCAAAGCGGUCGGCUAACUUGCUCGGAGAACACUGCUGCUUUAUUGUCCGCAUUCAUAGUUCAAAGCCAUAUCGGUGAUUUUUUGGAAGAUAUCUACUUGAACCAUUCCUAUUUAUCCAGUUUCCAACUGCUUCCCACAACCACUACGAAUUUUCUCAAGAAAGUGGCCAUGUGUCAUCGGAGUGUCUUAGGUCAAUCUCCGGCAGAUGCGGACUACAACCUUCUGGACACUGUUCGGAAAGUAGAACUCUAUGGCACACGUAUGCAUCCCGCUAGAGACAGCACCGGUAACAAUGUUCAUCUGUCCGUCACACAUGCUGGUAUUCUGGUCUACCAGCGUCAGUCCAAGGUCAAUACAUUCUCUUGGGCUCGAAUCAGGAAGCUGAGUUUCAAGCGCAAACGUUUUAUCUUGAAGUUGCAUUCGGAACGUUUACAAACAGUCGAGUUCUUGUUCGACUCACGGGAUGAAUGCAAAAGUUUUUGGAAGCAGUGUAUCGAGCACCAUGCAUUUUUCCGCUGUCAAGCCGUUCGACAAACCAACCAGCGUCGUGGCCUAAUGCUCACGAAAGGCUCUUCCUUCCGAUACACCGGCCGGACGCAGAAGCAAUUAUUGGAUUACGUGCGUGACAAUUAUGUGAAACUGUCUCACUUUGAAAGGUCGCCAUCUGUCAACCGUGUUUUAACCGCGCCUGUGCCAGGCACUCUACUUCGGGAACUGAUGGCCACUCAGGUGAGUUCUGCAUCUGGACCUCGAUCGAAUGCGGAGGCACAUUCUGACUACGGACCUGCUACCAGCUACCGUUCUCAAGCGCGGCCUCAGACUGAUCCUGCUCAACGGACGCACUUAACAGAUAGCUGUCUAUCUUGCCCUUCUACUCGUCCCUUCGCUAUCGCUGCCCCAAUAUUGCAGCAGCAAACCGAACACUCUUCCAGAAAGACGCUACGGCAGGUGCGUAGAGGCUCUUUGGCUAAUGAAGCCGCACUACCUAAUACACUCCCUCGCGCGUCACAUUUGCUUUCAGCCAUGGGUGGUACUGCCAGUUCUGGCAGUUACACUAUGAAUAGUUCUGUAUCAGCCGGGUCCCCAGCAGCUUCAAACAGUCCCGUGAGCAGCCCACAGCCGGAUAAGAAGGUGUCAUUACCCUCCACCGAUUGUCCUACCCAAUUCGUCCUUACAAACCAGCUGGAACUGCAACAUUUAUCCUUUCAGCCAUUGUCUUCGGCUCAAGUUGGACCCGCGAUAGCACCGUUGGUGUCAUCUAACUUGCGCGCGUCUCUCCAGAAGUCCGUCAGCCCUACCCAGGCCGGAGUUGUCUAUGCUAGAUUGCCAGGCUCGGCUUAUCAGAGAACAUUAGGCAUGGCUGUGUUGCCCACCAAUCCUGGUAUGCACACAUCACUACUCUUCCCUUCACAAACGCCGAAUGUGUCACAUUUGAGAUGCGGCGUACCCGUUGUCGCCUUCGAAACCAGCGCAAGUGGCUUGGCGUCUACCGCUGUGGUGCCCAUAACCACUGUUCAGUCCGCAGCUGUUCGUCUCCCUACCCAGUCAGGCACCGCGGUUGGAGAAGUAACCGGAGUGAUGUCUCAGGCAGCUCGCUUCAGAGUCCCCCCGGGCUACGCUGUGCUGGCCAGAACUACUGAACUGGGUACGCUGAGUAAUCAAGUCAUCUACCUUGAUCCAAACACAGGAAAGCCUUUGCUUCCGGUCUUCCCAAGCGGCGGACAAAGGCUGUUAGACAGCCACCAAACAAAAGGGAUACAAAUGCCUGGUACUCAUGUGGUCAAAUGCUCACCAGUUUCGACCUCCACACAAGACAUAGCGGCGACUCAGCCAAGUGUAAAUCGGCCCCACUCUCCCGUAGUUGACAAGACCCCUGCAAUUGGCGAGCUUGUAACACGGUCCUCAGAAGAGAGACCAGCGAACGGAUCGGAACUUCGAAGUAAACCUUACAGACUGGCCCCACCAGCUCCUGAACGUCGCGACAGCAAACUCUGCAGUCUCCAAUCCGCUCCAACUGAUCGCUGUUCCUUGGAUGCGUAUCAACAAUCUUCAUCGAAGCCGUUUGCGUGCGAUUGGUCUCAAAAGGCUGACAACAUUAAUCUAAUCGAUUCAGGAGCAGAAAACGAUGAUCUCGGUUCACCACAAUCAUUGCAUCCUUUGGCUACUGGGUUGAUCACUGGUCCGAAUGGAUUACAUUCUGUGUCUUGUCUCAGUUUAGCCACCCGAAGUGCACUCAGUGCGCGUAAUUUGUGCACCAAUGCUAGGGACGAUUCUGAAAAUAAUAGCAGAGCGAGCACACCUGAGCUAAACUGUUUCGGCACUCCUGGAGGCUGCCAAAGUGAUACAGAACGUUCCUCCCAUCGACUUGGACAUUCGUCGCACAGUGACCGCGAUCUGGAUGAGGCCGGUGACCAGUACUCUCCCUUCGGUCCACGCAACAGGGGUCGCUCCAGAUCUGCUUCAUGUCGCUAUUCCCAUCGUCCCCACCAUCAUCGCCAGAGAGUUCGACACCCACGUUGUCACUCGGCCAUAGACCCUUCGAUGUCGGUAUCCGAAGGGAAUGAUCAGAGAAUUGCGGCAUCGGCAAGUGAAUCCCCUGGUAUCAUUCCAUCUGUUGCACAGCAUCACAUCCCGACCUCAGUACAACGUGCGAUUCUACUCCCGGGCGACGCUGCCUACCACAUUAUCAGCGAUCUUGUAAUGACCGAGCGAACGUAUGGCCGAAAUCUCAGUGUAGUCUGUGUGUGUUUUCGUCACACAGUAACAUGGCUUGAUGAGGAUCCUCCCACUAAUAGGACGAAUGUACGUCUUCCCGAUGACCUGGCCAACAAUUUAUUUAAUCUACUCGAUCCUAUUUACUCGGAACACCAGAAGGUACUGGCUAGUUUUGAAGCACGUCUAGUCGCUUGGAACGGAGUUGGAAAUAGUGAAGGUGGAACCGUUCCACGUCAUGCAACUGGAGAAUCUUCCGUUAGUUCCGAAAUGUCUUCUGUGGGAGGACGCCAGCCCCCAACUCACCGCGUCGGCGAUAUAUUUUUGGCACACGUCAACAUGCUAUUAUACUACCAGAAAUUCAUCACCGAAGUGGAGCAGCUCAUACUAUUACUGGAGAAGGCAAUGCGUUCCGAACCACAAUUGGAAGUAACUCUGCGAAGAUUCGAAGCACAAAAAUUCUGCUACUUACCCCUUUAUGUAUUUCUGCUGAAGCCAAUGCACCGGCUGCUGCAGUAUCGUGUUGUUCUAGAGCGACUGAUGAGGCAAUACGGGGAGGCGCACGCGGACGGUCCUGAUUGUCGGGCGUUUCACUCCCGUCUAUUGGAUCUCAUCCAGUCGCAGUGGGACUCAUAUAGGAAGGCAGAGAACACUUACAAACUACUAGAAAUUCAGCGCGAUCUAUGCGGUUUGAUGCCCUUCCCUAUUCAGUCACCAGACGAGCAACAUUCCCAGGGGAAGUUAGCCCACCCUGCUGGACCCUUGUUCCGUAUUGGACGACAAUUUAUCAGGGAGGGAUGGCUCCAGAAACUCACAAAAAAGGGAUAUCAGCCCCGUAUAUUCUUUCUUUUCUCUGAUCAACUGAUUUACGCGAGUCGGACGACGACUACAGUACCACAGUUCAGAGUACACGGCCAAUUUCCGCUCUACGAUCUCAUGGUGGAGGAGGCGGAACCGGCUCAUAGCUUCACUGUGUUUUCUGGUAACCGCUGCUUUCUGGUUGCCGCCCCAUCCGACUGGCAACGUGAUCGUUGGCUAGAGGAUAUUUCGAGAGCGAUCUUAGCCGCAAAAACCAGACCUUCCCCGAAGAUGGAUAUGGCACGCAGUGUAUAUGGUGUAGUUCUGGACGCAAAAUCUGAUGCACUGCACUGUGCACUCCCGGGCGGAUUAUCCGAUACGCUUCAAAGAGCUACCACGGCUGCGCACGUUUGCUGGCACCGGUGUUAUACAUACUCCAUGCAAGACAUUUUGAGAGCCAACGAGUAUGAAACAAGUGGUUACCUACUCCGGAAAUUCAAAAACAGUAACGGUUGGCAACGGCUAUGGGUGGUCUUCGCACAAAACUGCUUAUUCUUCUACAAAAGCUACCGUGAGGACUGUCCGCUGGCCAGUUUACCACUGUUAGGAUAUACAAUCACUACACCGGGACCUGGAGACAGAAUUCGAAGGGACAAUGUGAUCAAGUUGCAAUUCAAGAAUCAUGUGUACUUUUUCCGUGGAGAGACUUUCCACUCUUUCGAACGCUGGCUUGAAUAUCUCAGCGGUGCGGCUGGCACAAGCGCCCGUUUCAAAAGAUGAACAGUGAAGAAAGCAUGCUGGUUGCUCGAAGAUGGGGUGCAAUACGACGUGAUGUCCGAGAAUAGGACCUGACAGUUUUGUACAACAACGCUCAUCAUACCAUGAAAUAUACACACGUUUCUUCCUUUCCUAAUAAUUUCCGCCUGAUAUGCCGAUACCACAAAUGAAAUAAGAACGAACAAGACAAAGCAGAAUAACAGAAAAUCU